AUGUACGCCAAAACACUGUACUGUUAUAUUUUGCUGGUUUUUGGCAACGGCGUGCUUUGGACAAAUCAUGAACGACGGAUUCCAUUUGUGCACGCAACUCAAAUUGUUUUCACAAAUGUGCAAUGCCACUCGGAAAAUAAGACUCUUUGUGAAUUCAAGCAAUGCGAAUUAAAGCUAUUAAAACGUGGAUUUAGUGAGUUGAAUAUAUAUUUAAAUGUCAAACAAAAGGCAGACAAUGUGACGGUCAGAGCGGAGUUGUUUCGCAAAACUAACGGUUACACACCCUUUAUGUAUAAUUUUACUGUGGACUUUUGUGACUUCAAAAGGAAUCCACAACGCAAUCCUGUCUUGCAUAUAUUCUUCAGAUUUUUGGAACGGAAUAGCAAUUUGAAUCAUACGUGUCCUUAUGAUCACGAUGUCAUUUUGAAGAAUUUUGUGAUGCCAGAUGGUGUAUUGAUGCUACUGCCAUAUCCCAAAGGCGAUUAUAUGGUGCAAUUAAAUUUCGCUGCACGCAACAAAUGGCUAAUUUUUGUAAAAGUAUUUGUUACGCUGACCGAAUAA